GGUUGGUUCACUAAUUCUCGAUUCGAGUGAUUGAUUUGGUCCAAUUAUGAUGUAACUGUGUUAAAUCUCUUACACCCCUAAGUUUUGUGAAAAAGUUUUAAAACAACUGAUCUGCCUGUUGCUAUUGGGAAACUAGGCAAAGAGCAUCUCGUGAGAAAGUUAAUGGAAAUGAUCGAGCUAGAAAAGCUACAGCGAUUCCUGCCCCAGAUUCCAAUUUUGAGUUACAAGCAUCUAUACAGUCGAAUACUAAAAGUGUUAAUGGAGUAAAUAAUCCUGGCUUCCCUGUUGAGCCUCUGCAAGGAACAUCGAAACCCGUAUGUUCCCAUGUUGGUCCAUCAAUGCACCUUAGUUACGCUGGAUCUCCACAGAAUAUGAAGGCUUGUGCUCGAGCAUUUGGUUCUCCGAAUCAGGCGAAAUAUGUCCGUCAUGGAGCAACGACGUUAUCCCAAUUUUCAAAUUCGGUUUCGGUUAGAGGCAGAUCACGAUUAGACAUGAGCAAUCCGCAAUGGCACGAGGAGCAUUUUAAUGGUGGAUAUGACCAUGAUGAUAAUGUUCAGUCCACUCACCAUUUAUUUGAUAGGCUAAGUACUUUGCACUUACCUUCCGAGGAAUCAACAACGGUGCAGGGUUAUGUUCCAAAAGAAAAGCGAUUCCAUUAUUCCGGGCCAUUGAUGCCAUCAAGUCACGGGCGAAACCUUGAGGAAAUGCUCAAAGAGCACGAGAGACGGAUGCAGAAUGCCGUCCGCAAAGCUCAUUUGGACAAGACGAAGACGUUGGCAAGAAACAGCGUCGACAAUAAUAGACAAACUGAAUCGCUACUCUGUGUUGCAGUAAACGGAAGGUGACAACACAACCACCUUUAUUUUCAGCUUUUUAGUUUCACCUCGGAGCUCAGCACCGGCAUACUACACAUAGAAUGUCAUAGAUUAAUUGUUGGAUAGAGUACCAGCAAAGUUUGUAAUUGAGUAGAUAUUGCAAGUUAAUUGAAUAUUCAUUUAAUAAAAAAAUAAAAAAUAUUUAUUAUAAAA